UGAUUAACUGCUACAACGCGUAGAGCAUUUGACAAAAAAUAUCAGGUAUGCAACAGAGGCGAGGAGCUGAGAAGCUAUCCGUUUAAUCAACAGAAAAGGCUGCAGAAGACACGAAGUCUUUGAGUGGCACUUGAAGAAGCAGAUGGUUUGAAAGUAUCUAAAUAUAUUUUAUCACUGCCAUGUUGCAUCGCCGCUAUACGUCCAUAGCGGAGGAACCCGAAAGUGGAGAAACCAGCUUACCCGAAGGUACGAGAAGUGGCAGGCUUAUUUCUGUCGCUACGGUAGGACUUAGUUUAAGGAAAGCCUUCUGUAUUUUAGGGCAAUAGCUAGAAAAAGUCAUCGACUGACUAACAAAGUUGUGGUCGACGGUACGCUCAAUUAACCCGUGCCUCGUUUUACGGUAUUUUCAAGCCACACAAGAACGAAAGACGUCGAGAAAAGGUUUUGAGGUCAAACCAGAGAAUAGAAUUCGGGACCUCAGUCUCGUACAGAAGGCCGCGCACUAACCAACUGUGCGAGUCCUACUCCGAUAAACAAACAGUAUUCAUAUCUCGGUUAAGAUACAGCUCGUGGAUGUAUCGCGAUGAAUUUCUAGGAAGUGUAGGUUUAUAUUCUCGAAAGACAGGUUUCCAGGCCAAGCAGUCGGUGCUUCCCUGAGGCGCUGUGCCACUCGGGUUUCCAAAACAGUUUUAAGACUUCAUGAUUAAGGGAGUUCUUCGAUGUUUGAACCUCAACAAAAAAAAGGGCGUGAAAACAUAAAACCCUUGUUAACCCUUAAAGGGCUCUACUGAGAUCAGCAUGCAAUUCUCCACACUCUGUUUCGUACAUUUCCUAUGGUAUUAAUGUAGAGAAUUUGUUUUAAUAAUCAAGACUUUUUUCAGUUGUUGAUUAUUUCUGUUUUCUCGUGACCUUUAAGUUUGAGAAGUAGUAUUAUUUCAUGAAACUAAAAUCCUUACAGUACUGUAUUAAGCAAAUAACGUUUUUGGAAAAGCUGGAGAAACGAAGGUUUCUUACAAGCGGGUUUUACUGUACUGUAACACUGCAUACCAAUGUUUGCAAAGUCAAAUGUUGUUAUCUAGGUGAAAAAUUGGUUUACAUUUCAAGGUAUAACAAACGCCCGUAAAUAAACUUACUUUAGUUUUUAUUUUAGUGUUUGCUUACUUAUUUUUAUAUUUCAGAGAGAAAUCUCAAAGAAACAACAGACGACAAAAAUCUCAGUUUUACGAAAACGCGAAACAGCGAGUCCUCCAGCCGACAAUCAGCGACGAGUGCCCGAUUGUCGACCUCGGAACUCACCGAAAACACACUGGACGAAUCGGAAAGCGAUCGGCUUUCGUUGUCAGAGGAUGAAGAUUUAUUCGCCGAAGAAGCCGAAAACAAGCCCCAAAGAAAAGAUAAGCGGGCGUCAAGUAAACAAAGCAACAGUUACCUACACCGAGCGUCGAAAUACGAAGAAGAGAUCUUGAAGUCAGUGAAAUUAACUCCUAAUCAAAUUCGUGAGAUAAAGGAAGCCUUCCAUGUUUUUGAUAACAAUGGCGACGGAUGUAUUACCGCCACAGAACUGAAAAAACUGGUCACCUCGCUUGGUUAUAAUAUAACAGAAGCAGAACUUAUGGACAUGAUGAACCAAAUAGGUAAACUGAAGUAUGAAGGUUGCGCCAGCUCUCUGUCGUUAUCAUAAAACGCUUUGAGUAACCUCGUUCAUAUUUUGAAAAAAAAAAGUACAUAAAAUACUGAAAUAGAAAAACUUAGGCAAUGUUCCCAAUAUACCGGGAAGCUUUUCCGCCGGCACAAAAACCAUACCGGAUAGGAUUCUGUUCACACAGAAGAACGGUGAUUUCUACGCGAUUUCUCUGACUGAGCGAAUCUGCGCCGCGCGGAUCUCUAAACUGGAGAGUCACAUAUCGGAUAGUGUUCACAGUAUACCGUAUAGCCUUUUGUGUCGACACAAAAAGCUCUUCGGUAUAGUGUAAACAUUACCUUACAAGAAAAAAACCGAGCGAACAUGAAUGCUAACCAACACUGAACGACCAAAAUGUCCAACCAUCGGGGUCAGGGGUGGGGGAGGGAAGAGACCACACUCUCUGCUUACCACGAGAGCUUGUUCGCAGGCGUAAUUUUCCUCCCUUAACGAGCCACGGCGCGUCUCUAUAGUUUCGUCAGAAAGUUUAUCUCGGACUAAUUCGCCAUCAAUCCUUUUUUUUUUCAUGUCUGUCGAUGAGAUCUGGGUACACUUAAGUUCUGAGUUUACGUUUAAAAUAUGUUCUUGGUGUUUCGUUUUUAGAUGCAGAUGGUAACGGCGCCAUUGACUUCCCAGAAUUCCUCGCAUUGAUGACAAAAAAUCUAGAAGACUGUGAUCCGGAAGACAUUUUACUGGAAUCUUUCAAGGUGUUCGACCGGGACGGUAGUGGUUUCAUAGGCGUUACUGAACUCGACCGAGUCUUUAAGCUGCUCGGUCAAGACUUCAAAGAUUACGAGAUCGAGGCCAUGAUAAAGGCCGCUGACGCCGAUGGCGACGGGCUCGUAGGUUGGGAAGACUUCACAAAAAUGAUGAACGUUUAA